AUGGUAGCGAAAAAGCUUACUUUGUCUCUCUCUCUCUUUCUUAAUCAAGUUCUCUCCAUACCAUUCGCUCUCUCUCUUUCUCUUUCUUUUCUCUCUCUCUCUCUCUCUCUCUCUCUCUCUCUUUCUCCCUUUAUGAUUUCUAUGCCUCUCUAUUUUUCUCCGUUCUUUUUCUUGAUGAACUUCCAUCCGUCUUUCUUUUUUCCGUUUUGUUCUCUCUACGCUUUUCAUCAAACCCUUUCCUCCUCCUCCUCCUCCCCCUCUCUAGUCGUAUUUCAUUUGUUGAUACUUCCUCUCAAUUUUUUCCUUCUUUUAUACUUUCAUCUCCACUUCACCCGUCUCCUACUUUUAACCAUUUCUUCCUCUUCUCUUUUUUCAUCGACUUCUCUCUUCCUCCAACUUUCUCCACACUUAUGUCUUCCAUUUUUAGCAACCUCCUCUCCUUUUUCUUUUUUCUUUGUCUUUUUUCUUUCGCUUCCACUUCUCUCUUUUCAUCAACUCCUCCCGUCUUCCAUCUUUUCCCAUAGGCAUGUCUUCUAUUUUAACAACUUCCUCUCUAGAUUUAUUCUUUUUCUCUUCCCUUUCUCUUCUCUUUCUCUUCUCUUUCUUUAUCGUCUGCUAUCCCACACUUUCUCUUUCUCUCUCUCUCUCUUCUCUCUUAAUUUUCUUCAUUCUACAAGUCCGUGCCUACUUCACUCCUGUUCCACUCCUUCUGUCUUCUCUUCCUCUUCUUUCUUUUCCGGGUCGGCUUUUCGCCUCUGUCUUUUUUUUUCUCUAUUCAUAAUCUCCUUUCUACAUCUCUCUUUCCCGCUUUCCUUCAUCUUUUUUUCUUUUCGCAUUCACUUCAACCUCUCUCCAUCUCUCCUCUCUUUCUAUUCUCAUUACUUCUUCCUUCUCCCUCUCUCCUCCAUUACUUCUUUAAUCCCUUUUUUUACCCCCUCUGGCUUACGGCCAUAUCACCAACUUUCUUCACUUCCGCUUCUGUCCGAUUUUCUUAUCAGUUCUUUCUCUGCUUAUGUCGUCUUCGUCUCUUUUCCCGAAUUUACAUGCCUAUAUCUAUCUAUCUAUCUAUCUAUCUAUCUAUCUAUCUAUCUAUCUCUCUCUCUCUAUAUAUAUAUAUAUUUUUUUUUUCUCUUCUCCCAAACAUUACUGUUUUCUCUACUUCCAUUUUUACGGUCAUUCGAAAUGUUUUAUUUCUUUCCUUCCUUUUACGUUUUAUAUCCUUUCGUUGGCCUUGCGAUAAUUUGUUUAAAUCUUUUUUAUUUCUUAUUCUUCCCCAUCGUUCAUAUUUUUUUCAUAUUGUUUUGCGAUAUACCACGGACUUACAUUCUCUUUUUUCUUUUAAUUUCCCAGUACUUACUCUUUUUUUAUUUGCCUCCAAAUCUUUUCUUGUUCCGUCUUUUCCUUUAUUUCAAACCCGCCUUUUCCUCUGUAUUCCAUAAAACCAAAGGAAAAAGAAAAAGCUCCACCGCUCCGCGCUUUAUAGCCAUCUGA